CAGGAUCAACGCCCUCAGGAAACUAGCCGUUGCGUGCCCAUCGCCCCCGCUUCCCCUCCAUCCGACGGCUAGUUCUUCCCCCCUUCUUGAUCUCGUUCCGCCUCUCCUCCUCCUUCUCUUCCCCCUUCGGUUUCCGUUCCUUGUUCCACCUCGGGAAUCGGAUCAUGGAAUCCGAUCGCCGUUCCUCGACCAUCCCACCUCCUACGCCAUCGUGGGCGGCGGCAAAUGCACCGGCCCCCACCCCUCUGGCCACCGACAGGAGGCCCCGACGCUCUCGUGUAAAGCAGGUCGGCUCUCGCUACUUGUCCCCCUCCCAUUCCUCUUCUUCCGAACGACAACUCCUCGCCGCCUCGAACGGAUUCCCCCCUCCCUCGUCCCUGUCACUCCUUCCCCAGAAGCACCGGCAGCAGAAGCCCCAUGCACCCGAGGAGACCGACGAGAACCAGCCCCUGGCAUCCAUCAGGCGCAGCUUGGAGACCCCCCUCCCCUUCUCCGCCCAAAGCAAACCUCCCGGUACUCUCAAGAAGAGAGCCGUCGUCCGAUUAUUCGCCGACAACAGCCGUAAUGACGUAGCAGAGCAGCCGCCGCGGCUUGCUGAAUCGAGUCGGAGGCCGAGGCCGGGAACCCCGAUGGCGCGCCCUGUUGUUGUGAAUAACACCGGCGUUCCGAGGACGAACCCUCGGCCGCCCACCCCCACCCGGGUGAGCCUCUUUCCUCCCGAGGGCCACGGCCGUGCUUAUGGAAGCAGCGACUACAGGUGGGAAGAAACCUCCUCGGAGAAUUCUUUUUCUGAUCCGGAGACUUGCACCGUCAGCAGUCAGGGCGGCCUCUGCUACAGUCCGCCCCUCCUCCCCCCUGCGCCUUGCAGACCGAGGUCGAGCGCCGAGAUCCUGUCCUCCAUGCGGGAGGCCGAUCCCUUGCCAACCUUGUCGGCCAGACCUGCUGCAGUAGAUGCGUGUUCCGGCUGGCAAGGCGCCGCCGAGGACCCUACGUUUAGAGCAUCAACCACCUCGCUUUGCUUCCGCUCUCUGAGCUCGGCUAUCUCCUGUCGUCAACAGCAGCAUGUGCUCAAUCUGAGCAGGUCCGUCAGUAGGCCCCUCUUCUCGUCGAGGCCGCCGCAACCACCUUGUGCUAAGCCAGGCGCAGAGGUGAAGAAAGGGAGGAAGGCGGUGGGCUGGCAGGAGGAUGCCCAUGUACUUAGGCUACUCGACAACCAUUACAUUCAGUGGAGAUUUGUCAAUGCGAGAGCACCGAGGGCAGUGGAACCUCGGAGGGUUGCUGCUGAGAAAUCACUGUACGGGCUCUCGGUGAGGAUUGCAAAGCUUCAAAGCUCUGUUACAGAGAAGAGAAUUCGGCUUGAACAGAUUAAAAGAAGAGAGAGUUUAUUGUCCAUCAUCCAUCAUCAAAUGCUGCAUUUGGAUGAGUGGACCAUUCUUGAAGACGAACAUUCAAGAUCUGUUUUAGGGGCAACGAAGGCUCUUCAAGAUGCUUCACUUCGACUUCCAGUCACUGGGAAUGCGAGGGUAGAUAUGAGAGAACUCAAGGAAGUUCUGGACUCUGCAUUACUUAUGGUGGACUCAUUGACUCCAUGUGUUGCGAGAUUUCUACCAAAGGCUGAAGAUAUUGAUGAUGCAGCCUCAGAUCUGGCCAGUGUAAUCAGUACUCAGAGAGCUCUGAUCGAGGAAUGUCGAAAUCUUUUGUCGCAAGCACAUGACUUGCAGGUGAAGGAAUGCUGCUUGAGAACCCAACUCAUUCAAGCGAAGCAGAGCAACACAUAGCAAACCUUUGCAAUUUCUGACUCGGUGAGACUGCCAUUCAACAGCCAAACCACAGAUGAAGAUUCGGCGAAUAAAUCGAUGCUGUAAAAUGGUUAGAGCAAAUCAGAAUUCUGGAUGAACAUUAGCUUAUUCUCAUCAGCAGGCUUGAUAUGAUUUGGUUGUGUGCAAAAGGCUUAAAUUUUUUUGCCAAUUAAUGAGAUCAAGAAGAGCAAUCUACUACUGCCGAGCAAUUAAAUUCUCCUAUUUCACAUGAACCCAUGGCAUCUCAUCGUUGAUCUUUGUCAACUAGAGUUGUGUGCCAAGAUGAUCUGCAAAGUUCCAAGGCUGUCUCUCUCCAGUCCAAUACAAUACUGUCUGCAAGACUCUGGGAAUAACCUUUCUGUUGCAAUGGUAUGCUCCAUGUUCCAAACUGAACAUUGCCAACCACUAUGCCUUAUUCAGAUAGUAUGUGCCAAGAUGAAUCCAUGUCAUCUCAUUGCUGAGCAAAUCUUUUCCAAUUUAACAUGAAUCCAAGACAUAUCUUUGAUGA